AGGAUUUGGACAUUUAAAAAAACGCGGCGACGCUACAGAGCUCAGGGAACGCAAGACGAAAUAACCGCUCGAAUAUGCUUCCGYRAGUAAUUUYUUUUGCCUACGGAGGUCAUGAACUUUCAAAUAAAAAACGAACUGCAACUUGCAAAACAUGCAAGAGAAUAUCGGAUGGAGAUGCCACGACGUCCAACUUUGUCCGGCAUUUGAAACUUCACAAAGAUCRGGCGUGUCGGACAGGAGCGGCCAGCUGGAGCCCAUCAAUCCAUCAGGAGGAGCGGUUAAAUAGAAGCCGGAUCCUGAUAGCGCUGCCAGAUGGUUCUACGCUUCCAGUGAGUCCUCGUUCCUGGUCAAAAAGAGUCCUCGUUCCUUGGUCAGAAGUAAUCCUCGUUCCCCCCCCAUCUGGUUUGGCUUCCUGUCCGGCUGCAUGCGGCUCCUGCUCGCAGCCGCUACCCGUCUCCUGCCUGGCUCCGUUUCCUGUCCGUCCGCCUUCGUUGCUGGAUCAUCCCCGCUCAACGCGCUCGCCUGCCUGCCCAACCAUCGACCUCAGUGGAUGCGCCGGCUCUCCCUCCUGGGACCUCCCCCCUCGCCUCCUACAAGCAAAACCCCGACGGGUCCUUACCCGCUGCCUGCUGCCGCUCCAUCCACCCGUCUGUUUCCCCCCGCUGCUGGUCACAAAUAAAAUCAAACUUACCUUCUGCUUGUGGGCGUUUGUAGUUGUUUCUGCACUAGAGUCUAGUAAACAAACAUGUCAGAACCAUCUUCCCAUGUUGACUGCAGCGCAACUACGAAAUGCAUUAACGGAGCAAGGAGUUCUGUUAGGCCGCCAUAACAACGCGCUUCAGGCUAUGCAGCAGCAGCAGUCUGAGCUAACCUAG